AUGUCGUUGAACGCUCCAACCGAAGUUAGACUCGACUCCCCAGACGACUGGGACGAUUGGGAAAAUGCUCUCCUCAAUCAGGCCGAGACUUAUGACCUCCUCGGAAUCCUCCAGGGGACUGAGACGUCAUAUAAAAGGCCUAAGGUGCCACUGAUUGAAGACUUCAUGCCAGCACGGCCUGAACCGCCGCCUCUCACCGGGACUGCACCUCCGGCUGAAGAUCUCAACGAUAGGAUCGGUGCAGCUGCUGGCACACGCAGACAUGUGGCCCGUCAAUCGGCUCAAGGUACGACUGCUUCCCAAAGCACCGAAUCCGGAGAUCCCGGAUUUGAUACCAACGAUACUGGAAAUGCGGUUGGAAUAAGAGAAAUCGAGAAAGAGGCAUGGCACGCCUUUACUGUGUACAACAAUCAGUACAAAUCUCUCUUCCAGGUGUGGGAAAUCCAACGUCGAGAUAUUGACAAGGUCUUUACCUGGAUAAAGAAAACGGUAUGCCUUAGUUAUCUCAAAACGUGUGUCUCAAUCACUCCGGAUUGGAAACAAGCCUAUCAGAACCUCAAGGCCCAUGUUGGACAAGGAACGGCGGAUAUCCAAAAGAAGAUCAAGAACGAGUAUGAUCUCCAUAUGAGGCCAUUCAGAACAACCAGACCAGCAAAGGAAAUGGAAGCUUGGAUUGUGAAAUGGGACGAGUUGUUGACUCAAGCCAAUCGUAAAUCCAUGAUGAUUGCAACCGACACCAUGGAUUGGUCAACUAGAUUCUUUGACGUUAUUCGGAAUCUUGACCACGCUUGGGUGUCAGCUUAUGAGAUCCAACUUUAUGACAAAAUCGAUAAUAACACGCUGGAGUAUAAGGAUCUCACAAAUCUCUUUCGAAGGCUUAUCUAA